UUUUCGAUGGAGAAUCAGAAUCUGCAAUAAAAAGUUGGGGUUUCAAUUUAAAAAAACAAAGUUGACCUUCACAUGUCUUUGACACGUUCACUCAAAGUCAAACCAAUGACGCCGUCUUAUGUCCCCCUUCGAACCAAACAACUUUUGUCUGAAACAUUUUUCGAUUUAACGCAGUGUUCUGAGAAAUUUGAGUGCAACUUUUAAAAUGGGACACCCUGUAUAGUCUAAGGCAUUAAUUUACUGAAUUAUUUGUCUAUUGCGUUUCCUUAGUUUCUGCAGUCGCACUUUUUAUAAAAUUUUUUUGAUUUCUGGAUUAUGUGAAUGUUUUCGAAUCAAAUGAUUUUUUAAAUUGGUGGUGUUUCCACCAGAUCCACCAGACUUUACAUCAGUAGAGCAAAUUUUACAAAUACCACCGCUGGAUGUUUGAUAAAAAAAUGCCAUACAGCACUUCCUUUUUUUAAUGUAGGUGCCACUAGAAAAAAAAUAUAUUUUUGUCUUUCUAUAAAAUUUUUGCAAAUAUAGAAAUCGGAAAUUGGAAAACUUUUUAAGUUAUGAUCUUUGAGGUUAUGAUCAACGUUUAUGAAAUUAGUGAUUGCAAAAUAUACCUACUAUUUUCUAUACUUUUUCUUGUCUAAUAAACCACCCAGUUCCAACACCCAGUUCCACUUCUCAGUACCAAUUAUCAAUACAUUUAUUAAUUAAUAUUCCAGGCAUUCCGUAUUAUUUGCAAGCAGGUAACAUCAAAAAUGCUAUGAGAGGAAAUGAAAGUGCAUGACAUGAAAAAUCACAACACCACAACCAAUGCAUAUUAAAUACAAUAUUUCUACAGUGCAGACUUAUAAUUCUAUACGUACCUAAUAAGUGCAACGAUCACUUCUGUAUCGUGGAGAAUCGCACUCACUGUCACUCUCUGCCUUUAAUAUAUUACAAAUCGACCCUGCAGGUUAUUAGAUCGUGUAGUUAGGUUUGUUCUUUUUCGCUGCGCUUCUGAACUAGUUCAAUAAGUUAAAAUGAAAGAAAGAUAUUACAUAUUUGUUACGUAUUUCACUUUAACUUAUUGCACUAGUUCAGAAGUAGCGAAAAAGAACAAACCUAGAAAAAGAAAUCCGGUAUUUUCUUUUUCAGUAUGUGACACUCAACGUCGUGUUUCGCGCAGACUCAACUACUCAUCUCGGCAGGGCGAACGCCGAACCGCAGACUAGUAAGGGUGCCAUUACAUGAAGCGCGGAAACGCGGAAUAGAAUAGUAACCAGAUUCCCGCGUUCCGUUCCGUCUGUUUUGAUUGCCUUGUAUUACAUGGAGCAGAUUUUGAGCGGAAAAGCGGAACGGAAAAUUAUAAAAUAUUGUAGGCUCUCUUUAUAAAAUAAUGUCUUUAUUAGGUUAAUGUUCAGUACUGCGAUUGAUCGGUUCGGCAGUUUGCCAAGGACUAACUGUCCUUGAUCGCUCGCUUCGCUCGCGCUUGUCCUGUGGGCGGGCCGAGUAUCCUCGAGUCGCGCGCACGCAGGCGUGGUCGCUCGCCUAAUCUCGCGUAGCAACAUAACAAUAUCGGCUCGCGGCCGUUACAAAAACAUUACCGUCGUGGAUCGAAAUCUUCCAUCGCACGGAAAUAAACCUACAAUAUUAAGUUUUAACGAUAUUUAUUGAUUAAAAUUCUUAUAUUCAAUAGAUAAGCUGAAAAGAUAAGCAUAUUAAUAAAAAUUACAAUUAAUUAAGUGAAAACAAUGUUAAAAAAUAAAUAAAAAUAUCUAUUUGUCACCAUACCGUUCCGCUUUUCCGUGCAAAUAGUGCUCCAUGUAAUAUAAGGCAAUCGAAACAGACGGAACGAGCACUCAAAUCAUUGUCAAUGUGAACACAGUAUUCCAUCAAAUUUCGGAGUCGAUUGAAGAAGAAAGUUUUUAUAUAUUUCGAUUGUUUUAUUAUUUUAAAAGUGACAAUAUAAUAUCAAGUGACAAUACAAUAUCAUGGAUUCAAACAUCAUGUUGAUGAUUAUUAUGAAGUUUCUUAUACAAGCACGGGAUGAACCGAUGAAAUAUGCAGAGAUAACUAUGAAAAAAGUUAUUUCAAUGUAUAUUUUAUAUAUUUACGUUACAAGAACCUGCAAGAAGGCAAAAAGAACCGUAAAAUGUGGGUACGGCCUAUUUUUACUGAGAGAAGACUUCUUCAAGGUGCCAGCGACAAUCUACUUGUGGAGAUGCGAUUGGGAGAUCCUGAAAAAUAUUUAAACUAUCUCAGAAUGUCACCAAUAAUCUUUACCGAAUUACUCAAUAUUGUUGGACCACUCAUCGAAAAACAACAUGUAGUUCGACAACCAAUACCGACCAGAACGAGAUUAGAGGUGACUAUACGAUGGUUGGUAUCUGGCGACAGCAUGACAUCACUAUCGUAUGCUUAUCGCAUUGCCCAAUGUACGCUAUCACGAAUUAUUCUGGAAACUUGUAAAGCAAUUUGGCUCUCCUUAAAAGAAAAAGUUAUGAUUGAUCCAACCGAAGAAAAUUAGAGUACAAUUGCAGAAGACUUUGAGACAAGAUGCCAAUUUCCACACUGCAUAGGCGCUAUCAAUGGGAAG